AGCACUGGGCUGCGCUGCUCUGGUCCCGGCAGCGCCUCUCUCCGCCGAACCCCAUCCCGAGACCCCCGAGCCCCGGAGCCGCGCCGGCGCCAUGGGGCCGUUGCUGCUGGGCUUUUGCAACUGGAGCACGCUGGGCGUGUGCGCGGCUCUCAAGCUGCCGCAGAUCUCGGCCGUGCUGGCGGCGCGCAGCGCGCGGGGCAUCAGCCUCCCGAGUUUACUGCUGGAGCUGGCGGGAUUCCUGGUGUUUCUCCGGUACCAGUGUUACUACCAGUACCCACUGCUAACCUACCUGGAGUACCCCAUUCUCAUUAUUCAAGACCUGGUCCUUCUGCUCUGUGUCUUCCAUUUCAACGGGAACGUGAAGCGGGCAGCACCUUACGUCAUCCUAUUGGUGGUCUCUUGGUUUGUCCUCACUCUGCAGAAGUGGAUCAUCGAUACGGCCAUGAAUUUAUGCACUUUCAUCAGUGCUGCAAGCAAGUUUGCCCAGCUCCAGUACCUGUGGAAGACAGGAGACUCGGGGGCCGUGAGUGCUCUGACCUGGAUCCUUGCUUCCUACACCUGUGCCACAAGAAUAAUAACAACUUUAAUGACCACCAAUGAUCUUACAAUUCUUUUACGUUUUGUGGUCAUGCUGGCUUUAAAUAUAUGGGUAACAGUUACAGUACUGCGCUACCGGAAGACAGUCACAAAGGCUGAAUGAUGGAAACUAUGCCUGCACAUCAAGUGGAUUUGGAGUAACUGAGUCAAGGGGGGGAGGGGCGAAGCUAGUUGCUCAAUCAAGGUCUUUAAAUUUAGUCAACUGAUCAAGAAAUUUUAAAGUCAAACGUAUUUUAAAAUUAAGACACUUAAACAUUUUAAGAAUUUCUGAACUUGUUCAUUUUCUGGGGCUACAGAUGACUCAGUGGGCCCAUACUUGGCAUGCUGGCCAGGUUGGAUUCUAGGCACUGUGCAUGGUGCCUGGAGUGAGUGAACACACACACACACACACACACAAAUAGUCCCCCCCACUGUCUAUUGAAACCCCCUCAUGAACGAACACACACACACACAGAAUAGUACCCCCCACUGUCUAUUGAAACACCCUCUCCCUGGAGUGCUUGAACACGAACACACACACACACACACACACACACACACACGUCCUCCCAUCUAUUGAAACCCCCUCUCCCUGGAGUGCUUGAACACACACACACACACACACACACACACACACACACACACUCUCACACUAGUCCUCCCCUGUCUAUUGAAACCCCCUCUCCCUGGAGUGCUCGCGUGCGCACGCGCGCGUACACACACGUAGAAUAGUCCCCCCUCCCCCCUUGCCCCGCUGUUUAUUGAAACCCUCUCUCACCACCACCAAAGAGAUGUUCAUUUCCUUCCUGCUUCAUUGGGUUAAGGUAGGAAUUUGACAUCUGCAGUUCUGAGAAGAGUGAUGACAAAAAUCAUUCUUUUUUGUUUGGGGGCCACACCUUGGUGGUGCUCAGUAAUUACUCCUGGUUCUGUCCUCAGGGAUCACUCCUGAUGGUGCUCAGGGAAGUAUUGUGGUGCCAGGUGCAAGGCAAGCACCCUACUGGCUCCUGUACUAUUUCUCUGGCCCCAAUUCAGUCCAUUUUGAGAUUACCUUGCCUUAUGCUUUAAAAGUAAUCAGGAUGGGAGUGAUAGUACAGCAGGUGGAGCGCUUGGCUUGCACACAGCCAACCUGGGCUCACUCCCUGGCAAACAAUGUGGCCCCCAAGCACUGCCAGAAGUGAUCCCUGAGCACAGAGCAGGACUAAGUCCUGAGUACCACCAGGUAUGACCCCCCAAGAACAAGAAGUUGUGAUCAGGUUCUUUCCAAUGAGCUAUUUCGAAUCACCUAUUUUCCAGCCUUCACAAUUUUCUUUUUAAAAUUAUGUUUUGGGGGAAUGGGCAUCCACGCGGAUGUUCUAGAGGUCAAAGGCCUCCUUACAAUAAUUCUUGGCCAACCAGGUUGCUGGUUCAUUGUCAGGGUUCUAGUCUGUGGUGCCAGAACUACUCAAGCCAUCCCCACAGUGCUCAGGGACCUAUGAGGUACCAGGGAUCAAACUGGGGUCCACGACAUACAAGGCAUGCACCUUACUCCUGUACUAUUUCGCCAACGCCAGCUUUCAUAAUCUUUUAAAUAAAUCCUUUGUGUAACAUAAAUGAACAAAAUGAAGUGGCAUUGGCUUACAGUCAUAAGUGUAGUACAUCACUGAUUCACUUCGUGGGAAUGAUGUCCAGCUGUUUAGGUAGAAUCUUACUGUAUUAUAUUGUCCUUAGAUUAGCAUGAUUUUCAAAGCUAGUAAAAUGUAAUUGGUUUAAGUUCAUAUAGUAAAAGUUAAUUUUGUACUGUGCCUUUAAAUUAUUCCUUAAAAAGUGGAUGAUGGUACUGUUAGCCACAAUCUCAACAUUAUGAGGCAAUUCCGGUGAAUUUUAUGAUUCAAGCACAAUGUUACCAUCUUAAGAAGAAAUAUACUCACAUGAUCACCAUUACUGGAAUUUGAUACAAUAGAGCUAGCCAUAAAUUAGAUAUAUACAAAGUUUUAACAAGUUUUUAUGGAUUUUGAGUACAUUAACCUAUUUUUAUUUUCCUGUAAGUUUAUAAGCCCUAACAUUUAGCUUUUCCCCCUUGUAAUCAGUGACAUCAUUCUUAUAUACAUACAGUAAUGCUGUUUAUUAGAAAAUGUUUUAAUUUCCUUUGUAAAAUAAAUGUUCAUAUUUUGAACUGUCAUAAAGCUGCAAUUUGUUUUAUUUCUGAUUAGUUUUAACUUAUGUAAAGUUGAGUUUUAAAAUUAUAAGCUGCAGUUAAUUUUGAAAUUUCUGCUUGGAGCUAGCAGGAAGAAACACUAUGUAGAAAUAAAAAUCAUUCGUCUUAUAUAUCAGUUCAUUAUUUCCUCGGGCCAGAGCAAUAGACAAUAGUGUAUGUGCCUUGAAUGUGGCUGACCCAAGUUCGAUCCCUGGCAUCCCAUAGGAGUGAUCCCUGAGCACAGCUGGGUGUGGCCCAAAAACAAAACAUCAAAUUUCCUUAUAUGUCAUAUUCUGACCUACAGUGCAAACUGUUUUUAAUUAAGUAUUUUUAUAUAGUUUUAUUAAUACUUUUUAUGCUUGGGGGGCACACCUGGUGAUGCUCAGGGCUUACUCUUGGCUCUACACUCAGGAAUUACUCCUGGUGAUGUCAGGGAGACUGUAUGGAAUGCUAGGAUGGGUUUGGCCACAUACCAGGCAAAACCCAUCUACUGUACUGAAUCUCCAGGCCCAACCACUUUAUCCUUGUUCAGCAGAGGUUUCAUACAUGCAGACAGUGAAAAUAAGAGAAACACUUCUCAGUCUGGCAAAAUCAUUACAGUCACUCGCACUAGUUGUGACAGGUUCUCUGUGCUUCAGCUACAUGAUCCAGGCAUCCUAGGUAUUAAACAAGUGGAACUUUUUCAUUUACCAGGAUGUUUUUCUGCCAACUGGCAUAAGCCUGAGGACCAGCAGUUGAAAACCACUGGUUUAAAGCAAAACCUGUUAGGGACUGAAGAGUAUGGUGAUAAGGUGCCUGCUUGCCUUGCCCAUGCCGUUCCUCCACCUUAUUUGGCCUCCUGAGCACAGCCAGGUGUGGCCCCCAAACCAAAAUAAAGCAAAUCCUUUUACACUAUACUAUCUUCGGGUCAGGAGUUUCCCAUUUUUCUUCUUUGAGAGGGAGAAGAACAAUCAUUUGAGCGAUUAAUCCUACAACAAGCCUAGAAGUAAACAAUCUUCAUUUAAUUAAUUUAUUUUUGCUUUUUGGGUCACACCCGGUGAUGCACAGGGGUCACUCCUGGCUCUGCACUCAGGAAUUACUCCUGGCAGUGCUCAGGCAACCACAUGGGAUGCUGGGAAUCGAACCGGGUCGGCUGCAUGCAAGGCAAACGCCUACCCGCUGUGCUAUUGCUCCAGUCCCAACCAUCUUUAUUUUAUAGAAGACAUUUGAGGCUUAGAAUAAACUAUCCAGAUCAGAUACCAAAGUACUUCCCAGAGAAGCACCCAUCAAGCACACCAUUCUUAGCACAACCACUGUAGCACACAAGACUUGACGUAAGUAUAGAUGGCACCUGCCUUUAUUUUCUGUCUUCCUUUUAUUCUUGGCCUUGAAAUGAGACUUACCGAGACUGCAUGCUUUCUAAAACAUUUUAAAGCAAAGCACAAAUAAGACUUCUAGCUAAAACUUUAAUUUGGUUUUUCUCUGUAGGCUAUCAGGGCAAACGUUCACAUAUCCUAACCUUAGCUACAACUUUUUGCUAAACCUUAGUGAAGGCAAAUUUUGGGGGUACAUUUUAGAAGUAUGUAGCAUCCCAGGACUACUCACAGGAAAAGUAUUUUAGUGCUUGUCUUAAUUUCUUUUAUUUAAUUUUUUAAUAAAAAGCAGGCAUAAAAUACAUUACAUUACUACAAAGAUGCAACAUAAUUUUUAAAUCAAAGGGGUAUAAUUUUUGUUCAAAGGGGACAGCUGAUCAAAUAUUUAUGAUUAUCUAAAUCAUGCAGUUCAUAACUUAUUACAAUUCCAAACAAAACUCAUUAUUAUGAGGAAGGGAAUCUAGGAGAGGCCCCCCCAAGCAUACUAAUUAGCACUGUCAAACAGUGCUCAUCUUCAAAGUGCUUUACAAAUCAACUCUGGUAUCUUCACAACAUUGGGAAGCUGACGCCUUGUUCGAGGGGACGAGAGUCAGUAGCAAUGUGGACACAGAUGGAGAAACACAGAGGGGACUUGCUCCCACAGAAUUUUAAACAUGUUUUUUUUUUUUUUUCAAUAAGAUAGUGUCUAAGUUUCUCUAUUUUACCA